GCCUCUCAUCGAUCACUUAUCGAGCCAUCAUUCGGCGGGCGGAUAUCGGAUGUUGGGCUCGAUGGAUUGCUGCCGUCCGUCACCUCGGUCUGCUGCUCGCGCUUGAAUCUGGCCAAAGCUCUGUGUCGGCGCUCCCCUUGCCAUGGGAGUGGAUCUGCAGGUCUCGCCGGGGUGGAAAUCUGCUCAGUGCCGCACAUGAGGCCAGGAGAAUGCUUUCAGGUGGUUGUUGAUGGUGUGUAUUUGGGUGUGGAUUGUGUAGAUCGGGCGGGGCGGGAUUGUCCAGUGUUGGAUUGUGGAUCUCGUGCAUUUGCCUGCUCGGAAAUGUGUUUUUCUUGCUUGAAGGCGUGGGUCCCUUGCAGCAGGCGGUUGCCGGCGGUAACUCGAUGGAUGAUGUGGUUGCAGCAGCAGCAGUGAGCAGCCGAUGCACCUCCUCCUUCCACGCAAGGCCAGGUUCAGCUCAAACUUGAGGCACUGCCAUGUUUUCGUCUUCCAUGAACUCCGAGUUCUCGUUCUUUGCGGUGUGAGUCUUCAGCCAUGGACCACCAGGAGUGUUACUCACGGAGGUUAUUGUGCGUACCUCAAGUCUGGGUGCGCCACACCGAAGGAAUUCAGCCGAUUCGCCAUCACUGACUCGUACCAGCUCGUGCUAAACCUUCGUCAGGUGUCAGAAAUGUUAUCGAAGGCAUCUGCCAUUUCUCCCGGCCAGUCGCAUCAUGUGAAGUUUGGCGGAGUGUCUGGUGUCGUCGGCUGCCGCCCUAGUUGGGGAGGCCUGGUGCGCUCUUCGGCAGGCACGGCCUCGGGUCUGGUCCAUCCCAGCGCUGUGGAGGGAUUCAGUGUUGUAGGCAGGCAGUUCUGCAGCGUUAGCAGCAAUGAGGAAGGCGAAUCUGAGGAAGACAGAGAUCGGCGUGAGCGAAGACUCUGGUACAAAGGUUUGCGAAAGAGUAUUUACGAGAGCCUGCAGAAGGAGAGGAUCACCGUGGAGUUAUUUCCGGAGCUAAGUUUUGCGCUGGAUGGAAAUUACUAUCCGAAGUUGGUUCCAUUAAUUGCUCAAAAGAUAAACACCAUAUUGCAGAAGGACGAGGACGACGAGGAGAUUGCGGAGCUUCUACAGCUUUUGGGCAUAACGCUGAAGCCGCAUCUGGUUGGGGAAGUUUUGAAAGCGCAGGAGGACUGGGAGAGGGCUUUGCGAUUUUUCGAAUGGGCCAAGUUGCAACCCGGCUUCGAACACACUGCCCACACGUACAACGUGUUGUUGUGCAACAUAGCCAGCGCGAAGAAUGAGAAGGCCGAGAAUAUGGUGCUCCCUUUACGGCAUUUGCAGGAGAUGAUUAGCAAGGGCAUGACUCCCACGAUUCUUGCGCUGAACAUUCUGAUUGAUCGACUCUGCAAAGCCAAGAAAGUCGGCGCUGCCCUGAAGGUCAUGAGGGAUCUGGAAGGAAACGGCGUCGCCUUCGACCUAGUAACGUACAAUUCUGUCAUCAAUGGGCUUGGCAAGGCAGGAAAAUUCACGGAGAUUUUUGAGUUGCUUGAGGAAAUGGAGCAAAAGGGUGUUAAGCCUGAUCUUGUCACGUACAACUCAAUCAUUCAUAGUCUUGGAAACUCGAACCGGUGGCCAGAGGCGUGCAAGAUAUUCGACGAGCUUACGCACAAGGGAUUAACUCCCGAUGUUGUGACGUAUAAUUCUCUCAUUUUUGGGCUGUACAAAGGUGGCCAAGCCGACGAAGCCUUCAAGGUUUUCGGACUGAUGGCGCUGAGAGGAUGUCCGCCGGAUGUGGUCACCUACAACUCCUUGAUUGAUGGGCUUGCUAAGGCCAGCCGUUUGGAUGAUGCCUUGAAGAUAUUUGAUUUCAUGAAGCAAAAGAACUGCAAUCCGGACGUCAUCACUUAUAACACAUUGAUCUGUGAGCUCAUCUCUAGAAACAAGUUUGCAGAGAUAUCUGGACUUCUAGCCGAAAUGAAAGACAGGGGUUGUACUCCUGACAAAGUGACACGCAACCUACUUGUAGAGAUCGGCCUGGGACACAAAUUGGAUCAUCUCUGGGGAGUGGAGGCUGCCACCGAAGCACCUGCAGACAACGAGGACGGUCCUCGUAAUACUAGCUUCGGUUGAGAAUCGGUAGACAGAAGCUGUGAUGCAGAAAGGCAGUAAUCCAGAAUAGGUUCGAUACCAGAAGUCAACAGCAGAUGAUAUGCAACUCCUGAUUCUGCGCAAGGGCAUUACAUCCAUCCAAUCGGCUUUCUGACUGAGGAGAGCAGUCAAGAUCAAUCUAUCGACGUAGAUCAGCGUUCUUUCGGAGUUCUAUUUCAGCUUAACAAUUCUAGUAAUCUAAUUUAGACUCUGAGAUUCAGUAGAUUUAUCUACUCUUCUCCCAGCCUCUCGUCGAUAGGCUACAACUCAGAUUUUUCAGCUGGAUGUAACACGAGGCCGCGAUUGUGUAUCUUUAAUACAAUGUUAGGUCAAAGUCUGAAAGAAACAGCACCAACGACAUGGGUUGGUGAGUUACGAAGUACUAAAUUGACAACGAUUUUCGUUGCUGUCGAGACCCAUUUCGACCCUUCUAAGAAAAUUGACGAGGUGAGUGUGGUUGGAGAACUGGUACUACACGCAACCGUUCUGGC